GUUCGUCUGGGAAACGACUGUACUAUCAAACAAGAGGCAGCCAUGGCGCAAUCACUAAGGGCCAGCGGACGUUUGCUAGCUCGUAUGAGCUCAAGAAGCACGCGGGUCCCUCGUCGGAGCUUCGCAGUUGCAUCAGUCGCGAGAAUGCCCGACUUGAUUCAAGACAUGUAUCUCCGAGAGCUGAAAGCAUACAAACCACCGCCACAAAAAGCCUCCGAUGCCGAAGGCCACGUUCAGAAAUUUACUCCUCCUUCGACCCCGAAAUCUCCGGAAGAAACAAACUUGGCAAGUGAAAUGCAAGACUAUGAGAGUCAAGUCGUCGAAGUUGAAGGACAAGCCGCAGCUGGUGAGGGCGAAGAAGGAGGAGAGGAGGAUUUCUUCGAGGACAUUGAGAAAAUGGACGAAGACGAAGGCGUACACCAUUGAUCAACGUCGAAGCGAUGAUAAAUAAAAUUGCUUGUACAAUCAAUUGAUGCAUGAAUGGAAGACCGUUGCCUUUUUGCAUCCAAUACGAUGGCUUAUGUGCGUGGCGACCGCAGGAAUGUUCACAGCUACCAGCUUCUUCAACUCAGCGCCUUUCUUCCUAGUCCUUGCCAGUGGUAGAACUCUUGCUUUAUGGACGUAACCAAGGCAAGAAUGGACACAAACGAAAGGCUCAAGCCAAGGUUGAAAGUCAUGUCAACAGCAUCGACUUAGUUGGCUUUGCAAGCGUGGUAUACUUGUACUCAUGACUCUGAACCACAAUUCACGGUAAGAAGCCAGUGAACUUGUUAAAUGUUGACGACGGCUUUCAUAAAGCUUUCUCGUGACUCCGAAC